CAACAGGUGUUGAUUUCUCAUAGAUCAAAUCCAAUAUUCCAAUUCCCUCGCUCUCUCCUGCGACAAACUUUCAGAAAAUGUCUCUAAUUCCAAACUUCUUAGGCGGUCGACGGAACAACAUGUUCGACAUGUGGGAUCCGUUCCAAGACUUCCCAUUCACCGGCGGUGCUCUAUCGGUUCCCGGAGAAACGGCGUCGUUUGCGAACACUCGCAUUGAUUGGAAGGAGACCCCGGAGGCCCACGUCUUCAAGGCCGAUCUUCCUGGGGUAAAGAAAGAGGAAGUAAAGGUGGAGGUUGAGGAAGGGAGGAUACUGCAUAUCAGUGGAGAUAGGAGCAUUGAAAAGGAGGAAAAGAAUGACAAGUGGCACCGAGUGGAGCGCAGCAGCGGCAAGUUCAUGCGGUGGUUCAGGUUGCCGGAGAAUGUGAAGGUGGAGGAGGUGAAGGCUGGCAUGGAGAAUGGGGUUCUUACCAUUACUGUUCCCAAGGCAGAGGUCAAGAAACCUGAUGUCAAGGCCAUAGACAUUUCCGGUUGAGAAUUAAAUGCACUUAAAUUUAUACAUGAAUGAUGAUUGAUGAGACUGGCCUUGAGCGUUGAGGAUUUUUGUUUACUGUAUGGUUUUAAUUUUGGAUUUUGGGCUAUCUCAGUGUCGAAACUAUGUAUUCCCUAAGUAAUAAAUUAAUAAUCGAGAGAAUCUUAACCUCCGUUCCAGAUCAUUGUUGGAAUGAACAAUGGGUUGGAGCUGGGCUUAUUUAAAGUUUCAAUCUGGGCUGAAUUUUGAGUCUAAA